CAAGAAUUUGAUGUAGAAGAAGAAGUACUUUAAUUUAAUCUGCCUUAAACUUCACAGGAGCGGUUAAUGUUACCGGAGUAGGGGGGGUUCUCCGAGGACAAAACUCGACUUUCACAGUCACUGGAUCCUAUACGUUCAGAGGCGCAAUUUGGUGUCAAGGUCAGGAGUGGCCAUGCCAUUUGGCUGUUUAACAAUCGGGGAAAAGAAGGAUUAUAACAAUCCUUCGGAGGUGACGGAUAAAUAUGACUUGGGUCAGAUUGUUAAGUCGGAGGAGUUCUGUGAGAUAUUCAGAGCCAAGGACAAAAAUACGGUUAAAAUGUUUACAUGUAAAAAGUUCCUGAAAAAGGACGGGAGGAAAGUCCGCAAGGCUGCGAAAAAUGAGAUCCUCAUCCUAAAGAUGGUGAAGCAUCCAAACAUUCUCGCACUGGUGGAUGUGUUCGAGACAAAAAAAGAGUACUUCCUCUUUCUUGAACUUGCAACGGGCAGAGAGGUAUUCGACUGGAUCCUGGACCAAGGCUACUACUCAGAGCGAGACACCAGCAACGUGGUGCGCCAGGUGCUGGAGGCCGUGGCCUACCUCCACUCCAUGCACAUCGUCCACAGAAACCUCAAGUUGGAGAACUUGGUGUACUUCAAUCGCCUGAAGCACUCUAAAAUAGUCAUCAGUGACUUCCAUCUUGCCAAGCUGGAGAACGGACUCAUCAAAGACCCCUGCGGGACACCAGAGUACCUGGCUCCAGAAGUGGUUGGCAGACAGCGGUAUGGCCAACCUGUGGACUGCUGGGCAACAGGUGUCAUCAUGUACAUACUACUGUCAGGCAACCCUCCUUUCUACGAUGAAACUGACGACGAUGAUUUUGAAAACCACGACAAGAACCUGUUCCGAAAGAUCCUGGCCGGCGAUUAUGAGUUUGACUCUCCGUACUGGGAUGAAAUCUCAGAUUCAGCUAAAAGUCUGGUUGCUCGUUUGAUGGAAGUGGAUCAAGACCAGAGACUGACAGCCCAGGAGGCUAUAAACCAUGAAUGGAUCUCUGGCGGUGCGGCUUCAGACAAGAACAUCAAGGAAAACGUGUGUGCACAAAUAGAGAAGAACUUUGCCAGGGCUAAAUGGAAGAAAGCAGUGCGUGUCACCACCAUCAUGAAGAGGCUGAGAGCACCUGAGCAGAGCGACUCGAGGGCCGCCAGCCCCUCUGCUGCUGCCCCUCCAGACACCGCCGCUGCUCCCCAACCUGCCAGCGAUCCCUCUGCUGCUCCCCAACCUGCCAGCAACCCCUCUGCUGCUCCAGCCGCUGCAGCCCCCCCCGAGGGAGCGCCUGCUGUCGUCACAGAGCUCCCUGCUGGGGCGGAGAUAAGCCAACCGGCGCCGGAGGAGGCCGCCUCAGGCGGGGAGCCGCAGCAGCCGAGGCCGGCGCCGCAGGAGGCCGAGCCGACAUCGCGCUGUAAUGGAGAAGCUGCUCUCAACACAGCCACCGAGGGCGGGGACGAGCAGGGUUAGA